AUGAAAGAUGUCAGAUUUGCGCUUCCCAACAUUGUCUAUGGCAUUUCACAAGGAAAAGCUAGCUCGAGACGACAUUCACUUGGAGAACUUAUAUGCGAUGCUUUUGGGAUAUGUACUCAAAGGGCCACCACUACCCUUGGUAAAGCCAAAGAUAAGGUCUCAGACACCGCACAUGAAGCUAACAAGCUUAAACAAGAGGUUAGAAAGAAGGUUUCAGAGACUGCACAUGAAACCAAAGACAAGGUCAUAGAUACAAAAGGAUCUAUCAGCGAUGCUUUAGGCAAAGAAAAAGGGGAAAUUAUGCACAAGGGCCAAGAUGUUAAAGAAAGGGCGAAAGAGUCCAUUGAUAAGUCCAAGGAGGCGGCGACAAUAGAAAAAGAAACAGCCAAGAUGAUAGGGGAUGAUAUAGUGAAAAAUAUAUCAGAGCAAGUGGAGAACGUUCAGGAAAAGACCAUGGAAGAAGUUGUCCGACCUCCGAAGAAUGCAAACAAGUUUCUUGAUGGUUUUAAGUACAUGAAUUCAAUGGAAGCAUUGAAUACAAUGAUGGGUAUAGCGAACUUACUUGGAUUAGCUACAACAUAUGGGAUGAAUGUGUGGAUUACGUUUAUUUCCAGCUAUAUCUUGGCAAGACAGCUACCAAGACAGCAGUUUGGGGUGGUGCAGAGCAAGAUAUACCCUGUUUGCUUCAGGGCAAUGGCUUAUAGUAUAGGGUUGGCUUUUGUGGCAAACUAA